GGGCUGUAGAUCUGCGAAGAAGUUGGUGCGUGUUUUGAGGAGUUGGUCGUCGUAAGUCCUUUAUCUCGUUGACAGGGUUGUUGGAAGGAUCUUCUUCAUACAGACUGCAAGGGAAAGCGGGAAUACACAUUCUAGGAUUGUUUAGGAACAGAUUAACGCGGCAAGAGUUUGUUUUUUUGGUUGUUGGAUUCGCUAUAGAUUGUGGAAAAAACAUGGCGGACGUUGCUUUAGCUGCAGCUUCUAAACAGACCCACAGCAGGACUCCGAUCAUGGCUUCCCUGGGCGGCACGAGUAAGAGAAAUCAGCCGGACGCCUUGAGAGUUUUAGACCCGGCAAGGAAGAAGCUAACGGCGGUGGAGUCCCAGCGGAUAGUGGCUGUUUUGGAGGAUGCCAUCAAGAGGGGAGAACUUCUGGCUCUGUUGCCUCACGUCAACAACAACAUGGACAGAUUUAGCGUUGUUCUCGGGGUGGAACUAAAGAGAGAGGUAGAACACCACUGCGAGCUGCAGAGGAUCUUCAACGGUCUCCUGAUACCGAAGGAAUCAACGGGAGAGAGGGGGUCAUCGGCCGGGAGUUCCAGAACAGGAUCUGCAGGCAGCAGAAAAGGCAGUGCCACCACCUCUAGGACAGCGGGAGAUCGCAGCGACAUGUACAGUAUGGCCAGUGAACAGCAGACCCGCAAGCUGCAGAUGGUACAGCAGCAGCUGGCCCACUCCACAAGGAACAUCUUGCGGCUGUUCAGCAUCAACCCAGCUGCUGUCAGUGCUGUCAGGGCAGAGAACAGCGUGCUGACAACACAGGAGCAAGAGUUGUUGGGGGGUCUAGCAGAAUUGAAGGAAAUCUGUGUGGAGCGACUGUUGAUGACCCCACUGGAGGAGAGGCAGAGGGCGGAUUACGUGGACAGCAUCACCAUCCGCGACAGGAAAAAUGCUGAAAUCAUUGAGAAACUGGAGGCUGAACUACAGGAGGCAGAAGAUGAGAGAGACAUGGAGAUCAGCAAGAGGAAUGACCACAUUCGCAAGCUUAAGAACCAGCUUCACACGAUCGAGAAAUUCUCCGAGGAGCACAUCCGCAGGACCAAGAUGGAUGCGGAUAAGGAGGAACAGGCUGACAUGCGCAACUCAGAUUCCAAGAAGGGCAAACUGCAGCAGGAGAUCAACCAGCUGAAACAGCAGCUGGCCAACCUGACAGCAGAGCACAGGGAGAGUGAGCUGGCACUCAGAAAGAGGAAGUUCAAGAUUGAGACAGAAGUAGAGAACUGGAUCCAGAAGUACGACGCAGACAUGGGAGACAGACAGACGGAGUACGAAGAGGUGGAUGCAGUGUACACGGAGGAGAAGGCCCAACUUAACGAGCUGGAAGAAAAGUUUAAGACUCUGGAGGCUGAGUACACCAAGAUCAUGGAAGAGAAGAGGAUAGCAGCAGAGAAAAAGGAACAAGAAGAAAGAGAACUUGAGAUGGCCAUCCGGGCUGCCACAGUGGUCCAGGCCUUCUGGAGAUCCUACAAGGUCCGCAAGAUGCUCAAGCAGAAAACCAAGGGCAAAGGCAAGGGCAAGAAGGGAAAGAAAGGGAAGAAGUAGUACAAAAUGUUCCAUUGGUACCAUUUUUAUUGGAGGAUUAUUAGUCAUUUUUAAAAUCAUAUUACUUUUGAAUUCUGCACUGUUCAUGUAGCUUGCUGCAAAGUGUAUCCAAUUUUUGAUAAAAAAUAAACAUUGCCUCUUCAAUAAAAAAAACUUUGAAUUCCAGUAUCUGUAUAUUUUUUGUCAACCAAUCUUUAGCUUUUCACAAACUAGACAAAAAUAUUUGACUUGAAUGUACAUUUUUAUCUGAAUGAGUCUGAAAUGUUAAUGGUUUUGUUCAUUAUAUAUGUAUAUAUGAAAGUAUUUGUUUUACUGUGAAACAGAAUUCUGUUGCCUCUUACAUAGAUUCUCCAUGUACAUUUGCCUAAAGAUUCUCAGUGUGUGUAGAUUACUUAUUAUAAACAUAAGACAGUAUAUGAGUGGCAAAUAUUAUUUUAUCAAUAUUUCUUACAAAGUACAUCAGAAUUCAUAAACACAGAAUAUGAUGAUAACCGAUAUAAUACAAAUUCACAAUCUGCUGUGUUGAAUAAA